AUGACUGCAAAGAGAACCAAGGCGCCGUACGGGAGCGUGCCGAAGAAGACAUGCAAGAAGUGCGACAGGAAGAUCUCCUGUACUAACAUCUCCAAGCAUAUCAAGGUAUGCAAGGGCAUAAAGCUGCCAGAGACGCGCAGCGAGAUCCGGAAGAAGUCAUGGGAAAAGAAUCGCGCUAAACGCGUAGGCUUCCAGCGCGACCAGCGCGCAGCCAAGUUUUUCGAGGAAUUACAAGAUAUUUGCGCACAGCUACGGGAAGCAGAAGGAGCGCCAGCUUUACCCCAACCAAAUCCGGAAGGGAUGUCAGGCCAUCCCUUCGAGGUGCUCAGUUUUCAUCCAAGCCUCUUUGAGCACGCGUUUGCAAAGGCUGAAAAGCACGAAUUGCUGUCGAAGAAAUGGUUUCAUGCGGUGCUGCUGUUCUUGCAUCCGGACAAAAGCCAUCAUCUUCCCCAAGAGUGGCAAAAUGCACAGAACUACACUGCGGUUCGGGAGAGCUUUAAGCUUCUUCCACAGUAUAAGGAGGACAUGGAAGAAGCGAGUACACGCACGGUUUACAAAGAGCGGGUUCGUAUCGAGAAAUAUCGACUCCAUCUUCAGACGAAGUUCAAGCAACGGUUCAACAACUGGAAAGCAAAAUGCAAGGAAAUACGCGAUGCUAAAAUGUCGGAGGCGAAGAAAGUACUGAUUAAGUUUGCAGAAUAUGCAGAUUGUGUUUCAUUUGAUGAUUUCAAAGUCAUUUACUAUGCUCGCUUCUUGGAGAAGGACAAGGCGUACGAAAUCAAGAAGAAGGCCAAGCUGGAGGAAGCGGCAACCGACAUCCGAUUCCUCGAAACCUUUGGUGCGGAAUCGGAAAGUCACGAAGAGUAA